UGUCACUAUUGCAAGCUAUUAUUACAAAACCGAAUUGCUGCAUUUGAUGAAACAAAUUUAACCAAUGAACCUCCAGAUCCUGUUACAAUUUAUGAUGCAAUUCAGUUUGUUGCACAGCAAAAAACUAGUAUUCUUCUUUUUGCAGAAAUUGAUGAAUGUUUGAAUACGGAAGUUUCAGCUGAAAUAAAUAAUAACAAUGAGGAAACAGAAUUAAAAAAUCUCAUUACACAAUUUCAGGAUUUAAAAAAUCCUGAAAACCUUGAGCAUUUAAAUAUUUCUAUACAUGAGUUUAUCAAAAUUGAUAAUAAAUAUGCAAUAGGUGAAAUGCCUACAAUUAAUGAGCUUAUAGAAGAAAUGCAAGAAAGUGAACCUAAAGAAGAAGAACUAGAGAAGCAAAAACCUGUUAUGCCAACUCAAGCUAUUACCAGAAUAGAUUCAGUAUUGGGUUAUAUUGAACAGCUUGAAUCGAAUUUUCAAAUUGAUAUUAAAGUUUUUGCUAAACUUAAACGGAUGCGAAAAGAGCUUGCUUAUUUAACAAAAAAAAAUUCAAAGCAAACAAAAUUGGAUUC